UUUUAUUAGCGGUCACGCCCCAAAUAUUACAAUCAAGGUUUCGAUCCUGAGACUGUACAUUUAAUUUCAAAAUCAGCCUCUCCACUCAAACUGCAUCUUUUAUGACCGUGGGAGUUGAGGUUUCAACAUCUGAUUGUCAGUAUGAACAUUUGUUGACUCGGACUUGAAGCUUUCACCACUUCCAGGAAGUGCUACACUGAGGAACUGCUCGAGACGCUUCAUACGAGAAACUUCAUUCAGCCGAUGCGCAAAGUAUAUCAUUUUUGACAUAAAGGGCCGUCGAGUGACUUUUUUCCACCUCGACUCCCGCUUCUACAGUCAGGAUUUCUAUCAAGUGAACUGACAUGAAUCAAUGAAUCGAGUGAGAUCAGAAGUGAAACAUUUAAAUGGACGUGCCAUAGUUUGAAGAGGAUGAGUAUGAAUUAUUCCCAUGUAACGUUAGCAUUGUGAUGGCUUCCUCAACCGAGAGACCCCACAAUUCAAGAGCAGAGGAGAAGCGAACUGUGAAGGCCCGGCUCCUGUCUUCACAGAUGCUUCUAGUGGAUGCCCUCUAUCACCUGGGCCCUCUGCUAGACAGUGUUAUAUCUGCAGGGCUGCUCUCUAGAGAAAACCGGUAUGAAAUUGAUGCUGAGCGAACGCCGCCCAACAAAGUCCGAAAGCUUCUGGAGAUUGUUGACGCACAGAUGGACGAAAGUGGUGCCUCUAGUUUCAUGGAGUGUCUGAGGAAAUGCAAGAAACAUUACCCGCGUCUACGAACCUGGUUGACCUCAGAAGAAGAUCACUCCCAACCCCCAGAUAUUAAGCAAGGUCCAACAGAACGUCAGCUACAGGCCCAGUUUAAUGUUCUGUGCUCACGCUUGGGCUGUUCGGUUCUGCCGGUCUCCUACGAUCUCUUCUCCAGAGGCGUCCUGACUCAGCUGGAACUGGAGAAAAUCCAAGCAAUACUCGUCCCAACGCAGCAAGCACAAACUCUGCUGUCCAUCUGCCUGAAGAAAGGAGAAAAAGCAUGCACAAGCUUUUACACAGCGCUACAGAAUGAGGACGAGCAACUUGCUGAGGAACUUAAUAUAAAAAGUUUGGCUGAAGACCUUAACAAAGAUCCUGAAGGCAGAAUCAUUCCGAUAGCAGUGGAGGAAACUAGAGGUCACUUGAGAGGAGCUUUACAUCUGUCAGGAGGCCUGCAGCAGGUCAUGACUCAGCUGGGCUUGACUGUGGGGGAUGAGAUUAGGUUUAAUGUCUGUGAGGUUGGUGUAGCGGUGGGUUUGCCGCGCCGGACGGUCAGAGAGUACCUUCUGGAAGGGGUUGGGAUUGAAGACUCAGCCCAGCUGGAGGCCCUAGUGUCCCUGUAUAUAGAGAAGACACAGGACGCUGACAGACUCCUGAGCAGAGUGACACAACUCAGCCCUCGGUGGGUCCAGCUCUCAGAGAGGGGAUGUCUGCUGUUGAGGUUGCUGCAAAAAGCCGAGACUCUUCUCCGCAGCGGUAUCCACAGUCACCGGCACAGUUGGGACCACCUGCACGAUGAAGACCACUUACGCAGCUGGGACCACUCGUGUCCUGAUGACUGCACGGAUCAGCGCACUGUGUGGGCCAUCUUCAGCUUUCUGGUGUGGGACUGCAUGGCAGAGGUUCUGGAGGAGCCGGAGGCGAAGCCUAGCGGAGGCAUACUAGGUAUGAUCGAGCAGCUGAGCACCAGCGGCAGAGUGGAGGCCGCACUGCUGCAGGAAAUGGAGCAGUGCUGGACCGACGGGGAUGCUGAGAGUCUGCUGCAGAGUGUGAGGGUCCUCGCUCAGGUGCUACGAGACCUGCAUCCCCUCCAGGAAGGCCUCCAGCUGUCCUCUUCAGUUGAGGGGUUGUUUUCCUGCAGGCCCAGCAGGGUACACCGGGUCACUUCCUUCCAGGGGGUUUCUGUGCGGGUCAUCCGUAAAGCUCUGAGCAGCAUGGUUCCAUCCUCUGCGGACCAGGACACAACUCUUCUUUCUAGACAGUACUUGGAGGUGUGCGUUCGAAUCGCACGUCUCCUAGAUGUAGUGCAGCCCAAACGAACCACUGUUGACUUUUCAAAUGCGCCCAUUGCUACGGUCAUUCAGCAUGUGCGGUUUGUUUUGUCAAAUCCUGCUUUUAACUCUGAAGCUUUUGACGCGGGAGUUCGCCAUCGCUUACUUUCAGUGUUGGAGUUCAAUCCUGCGCAGCUGGGCUUGGGCUCUCUCAUGCAGCUCCACCAGGAGACCCUCUCCGAAUUCCAGAGCUACUUACAACUCGGCGAGCACCACAACUUCCAGUUUAUUCUCGAAUCAGUACGAAUACUUGGUCCCGCGAAGUUGUUUUCUCUCAGCAGGGUUCAUGGGCCUGUCGCAAUCGACAAUGGAGUGGAGGAGGUCCUUCGUUUUAUCACGUCAGAACCCACUUCAUUCCUGGUACGACUGCACUGCCUUUGCUACGAAGAAGGAAGGGGGCACUUUAAGGUGUGUGCACCACGUUGUGCAUGUAUGUAUCUGCUCAAGGCAGAAGGGCUGCGUGACAUGCAGUGGUGCGGUGGCAACGUUCUGGCUGAGGUAGGCGGGAAAGUGUGGGUCAGAGAGGGAGAAAGUAAUGGCUGGGAUGAGCUCCAGGCGCUGGCUCAGAGACACUCUGCUCAGCUCAAGGAUGAAGGAUGCUGCUUUAAGGUCGAGACCUCUGGAUUGGAGUGCGAGGUCAAAUUUAUAUACAGGAGUGGUAGGCUAUGGGCGGUGCCACAUAGGGACUGUGAGGUAGUUUGAAAAUACGGGUAGCUGACAUGGUGUUGCAGUGACAAACAGUGUCACAUGUUGUACUUCAUUUAAAAGUAUUUGAAAGUUUUUUUUUUUCAAAUUUUAUACACUUAUAGAAUAAUUUUAUAAAUAGAAAUGAAUUUGUAGCUAUAUAAGUGCAAAAUCAUAAAAAAAGAAAUAAAACUGAACAUCCCGGCACAUGACAUGUAGGGAAAAAAUAUAUACAUAAUGGCCACAAAUUAUUAUUUUUUUUAUGUUAAUCUUGAGUACCUAUGGAGUGGUAUUGCAUCCUUCAUAUCUCAGAAGAGUCUAGUUUUAUCAGACUUAUAAAGGAUAGAUACAGCUUCAUGAUUCUCUCCAAAAACAGUCAGGCUCCUGGAGAAAUGCUGUGGGCGGAGCUAAAGAGUAAUGAGCACGCAAAGCUUUUGUGGAGCAAUCAUAUGCAAACAGUGACAUUAAACAUGAACAAAAACUGUGACUUAAAAUGUUAUGUUUAUAGAACAUUUGUCAACAAAAUACAGAGAACAAAGACAACCAGUGCCCAUAAAAGGAAUUCUGCCCUUUAUGACAUCA